AUGAGCUCUAUUGUCUCUCAUCAUGUGAUGAACAUGGACAUCACCAGUCCAAUUUUCACUGAUAUAAAGCUCAGCUAUGCUGCUCAAAAAGAUGAAAUCAGUGCCUCUAUAGCCAACCCAUCCUCUGGUGUACUCGGCUUUCAGCUCAAUGGCGGAGUUCCAUCUCACACAAGUGCAAGAUUCUAUAGUCGUUAUGCUUCUUCUCCAGAUGUUGAUGUUGAUAUCUUGGACAUCAGGUCGUCUUCUGUGGACACCGAUAAGGUUCACCUGCAGAUUGUCUACAACAUGGAUGCACCGAGGGUAAUGCUUGCUGAAGUUAAAAACAAAAUCCCUUCUGUCACCGCUGCCUUCACAACAUUGCUGACAAGUACCAGAUCACUUGGAUCAUUGAUGUUGAAGAGAUGUGUUGUUACACGCCUUGAUGAGGCCUACAACACCGCAGGCAACCAUGCUCUUCAGCUGAGUCAGCUGUCAGUAUUCUACAGGAGCAUCAUCGUUGAGCGGCAAAAGACUAUCCAGGUCAUCCUGGAUGCUACUGUAAAUUUCUUGCAGGAAGCCCACUUUAUGCUGUGUGGGCCUGAUGAGGUGGCCACUCUUCCCGAGAUCGAAAGGAGGCUAACCGAUAGUGUCGCCAAUACACUAAUAAAGAUCUUUCAUAUUAUCUUCAACAACAUCGAGAUCUACAGCAACCAUUUUGGUCAGAUGAUGAACAACGUGGAAUUAUUUGAAGUAGUCCUAAAUAUUUUCAAGCAUAUUGCUGAUAUUCCUAUUGACUUUCUGAAAGACAUGGACACACUUGACACAAUACUUGAACACACAGGUGACUCACUGAAUGCUGUGGUUGACCACGUACAAGAGUUUGUUGAUUCUAUCGACAAUGAUUUCAUCAACAAUGCAUUUGUGGAUGUCAACGGCAUCUAUCGUAUCCUCAUAACUGAAAUUCAUGAAUUUGUUCACGAGAUUGCAGCCUUGAAUGUGGACCAUCUAAACAAUGCAUUUACCAACAUUUUGGAUAAGCUCCUUCAUGUGGUUGAGAGGUUCAACAUGAAUGUUUCUACUUUUUUCCAUCAAGAUUCACCUGAUGCUCAACAGUGCAUAAGAGUGAAUGACACAAGGCUUGAGGUAGAACUUCCUUGUCACUUUCACCAGUGAGAAAAUCUGGCAGACUGAAGCCAAAUGAAACACUACAGCUGGUUUUGAAGAUAUUCUUGGAAUUGUUCUGAAAGAAUGCAGACAAUUAGCUCUGUAGACAAAUUUACAACUGUGUAAUAGUAUUACAAUAGAUGUGAAAAAAUUGCAAAUGUUUUAGUUUCAUCUUCUCGCAAAGUCAACGGCAUCAAUUAAACAUGUUAUACAAUGU